AUGGCUGCACAACAACCGAACGAUAAUCCAGUCACUUUAAACCAGCCAUGCAAGUCUUGCAAAGUCCUCGAGUUCGAUGAUUCAUCCUUCGGUGGAGAGUCUAAGGCCAGUGAUGAUGGAACUCCCUUAUCUAUGCUGAUAGAGCAAGACUACUUUUGA